AUGAUCAAAACGCAAGAAAUGAAAGUAAUCAAUUGAGAAAAAGUAAUAAAUAAUAAACAAUGAAACAAUCAUCUUAAUCCUUUCAGCUCAUUUUUGCCAUUCAAUACACGGUCUCAUAUUUGGAAAAAAUCUAUUCAAAAGACUCUUCAACUCGUCUCAUUCAAAACAAAAAGACACGAAGUAUUUCCGAACUUGUCAAACAUUAUAAAUGUGGAACACUAGAAGAAAAGAUUUUUGACACUCCAGAAAUCAUCGACUCUAAUUCUGAAGACAAGAAAAAAGCCGAUUUGGUAAGUAUUUCACUAUAAAAAACAAUUUUUCUACGCCUGUGUGUAUGUGUGUACUUGAGAAAAAGAAGAAAAUUUUGUUACACACUCACACACGCACAACGGAAAAAUAGCUAGAGAAAGAGGGUGGCAGCUGGUAUUUGAAGGCGAAAUGCUAUUUGAGAGAAUGUGGUCGCGUGGCGCAAUGGAUAACGCGUCUGCCUACGGAGCAGAAGAUUGUAGGUUCGAAUCCUGCCGUGAUCGAAAUUUUUUUUCCAUUUUGAACAUUUUCUAAUAUUUCACAUUUUGUCAGAGAAAAUUUAUUUUUUUUUCAGAUUGACAAAAAGCUAAAGCAAGACAUAAUUGUUCGACGAAACGCUCGAAUGGCAAAUCGACUUAAUUCAAUGUUAAAUGCUACACAGAACAAAAUAAUAUUUUCUGCAAUCGGAACUGGUCAUUUUUUCGGGAACCACAGUGUUUUAAAUCAUUUGAAAAAUCAAGGAUAUGUUAUUGAAGAAAUUGAUGAUGAUGAUAUAAUGUAAGUUUGAUAGCGCUGAAUUUAAUUGAAUUUUUUUAUAAUUAAAUUGAACUCUUGCAGAACCCCAUCAAUAAAAAAUUUACAAAGACAGAAAACAUUCAAUUCAAUGUGGACACGUCGUCGACCACUAACAGAAGAUUCCAUAACUAUCGAAUUUAUUGAAAAACCAAACAGUGCAUUCGCAAACUUUCAUAAUUAUUUGUUUUUGAUUAUUUUAUUGAUUUAUUAUAUUAGAUAA